UUUGAGGUGGAGUGGCGCCUACCCAUGUGACCCAAUUCCAUAGAAAUUUAAUUUGGGUGUUGACUGAGACGACUUAAGCAAUUCAAGUAAUUCCUAUUCCUAUAUGUAUUCUUAACUCCGAUUUGCUACCUUAUUAGUUUGUUGUUCGUAUGCUUUUGAUUCUCCACUCUACCUAAUUAUACUUCCCUCGGAUCUAUGUUUCUGAGGAACCCAAUUUCCGGCCAUAUCAAAUAAAUCUAUGGCUUGAUGGCUUCUACCUCUUCUACUCCUUCCCAAUCAGUCCGCAAAAUAGAGUAUGAUGUUUUCUUGAGUUUUAGUGGUAAAGAUACUCGUAAAACUUUUAUAGAUUGUCUUUUUAAAAAUCUAGAAAGUAAAUCAAUUCGUACCUUCAAAGAUGAUGUGGGACUGAAGAAAGGAAACUGUAUUGCGAAGCUGUUACAAAUUAUCAGGGAAUCAAGAUUUGCAAUUGUUGUAUUCUCCCAAAGUUAUGCAUCAUCAAAAUGGUGUUUGGAAGAAAUUGCAACAAUCAUGGAAUGCCAACAAGAGUACGGCGUCGAAAUGAUGAUACCCAUUUUCUAUGAUGUGGAGCCUAGAGAGGUGGGCAAUCAAACAGCAAGUUUUAAGGAACCAUUUGCAGAACAUGAAGAGCGCUACAAGGAUGAUAAGGCAAAGGUGGAAAGGUGGAAGGGAGCUUUGAAAAAGGCUAGCAAAAUUUCAGGGUAUCAUCUCAAUGAUCAAUUUAACGGGUUCUAUGCAAAAUGUUUCGAAAGAGUUACUAAAGACAUGGUUACUCGAGUGAAUCAAUCCACCUCAACUUUGAUUGAAAACAAUUACGUGGGAUUGAAAUCUAGAGUUGAAUAUGUAGGUGAGUUGUUGAGACAAGAAGCUGAUGAGGUUGAAUUCAUUGGGAUUUUGGGUAUGGGUGGCAUUGGUAAGACAACAAUUGCAAUGACUGUUUUUAACAGAUGUUUGAACCAAUUUGAGGGAGGUGGGUGUGUUCAUAAGAUUAGAGAAAACCAAGGUGAUAUCAUUGCAUUGCAAAAGACCCUUUUAAAAGCCAUUUUAGAGGAGGAGAUGGAAAUAAAAAAUGAGUUCGAUGGAACGGAAAAGUUAAAGAAAUGUGGGAAAAAGGUUUUGAUUGUUCUUGAUGACGUGGAUAGAGUGGAUCAAUUAGAGAAAUUAGCGGGAAGUCGUACUUGGUUUGGUAGGGGAAGUAGAGUCAUUAUAACUACAAGAGAUAAGCAAGUAUUACUUUCCCAUCAAGUUAAAGAAAAGUAUAUAUAUGAAGUAAAUAAAUUGGAUGACCAGGAAGCAAUUGAAGUAUUUUAUUGGAAUGCCUUCAAAAGGAAAAUUCCUAAGACUGGUUUGGAAGACGAACUAUGUGGAUCAAUUGUGCGCAAUGCUAUGGAUUCAAUUGUGCGCUAUGCUAUGGGUCUUCCAUUAGCUCUUAAACUUUUGGGCUCUCAUCUUUGUGGACAAGAAACUGAGAACUGGAAAAUCAUCUUGGGGAAACUCAAGGACGUUGAGUCCCUCCACACCCCCAAAGAUCGAAUUAUUGGUGUGCUUGAGAUAAGUGUUGAAGGACUAGAUCCGGACAACAAAAAUUACUUUUUACAUAUUGCAUGUUUUUUCAGAAACUGGAGGGAAGAAUAUGUAAAAGGUGUGCUUGAGAAUAAUCUAUCUGUGCUCAUUAAUAAAUCUCUUAUAUCAAUUCAAAAUGGAAGAAUUGAGAUGCAUGAUCUAAUCCAAGAAAUGGGUUGGCAUAUUGCAAGAAAGGAGAACCCCAUGAGAAGGAUAUGGCGGUACUUUAAGGAGGUUAAAGAUGUGUUAUGCAGAACAGUGAAUAAUCAUCAUCAUCAUCACAUAGAAGGCAUUAGUUGGUGGGAAUGGGUUGAUCCUGAGAAUAUUAGCAGUACUUUUAAAAUUAGUUUCGGAAGUAUGAGAAAUUUGAAGAUGCUUAAAGCUGGUGGUGGUGAUGAUAAAGUUUUCCAUGUGAAGAGGAAUUAUCUUCCUAGCAGUUUGAGGUGGCUUGAAUAUGAAUUCUAUCAUUUCACUUCAUUACCACAAAGAUUUAAAUCAUCCAAGCUUGUUGGUCUUUCUUUGCGGAAGAGUUCUCUAUCAGAGUGCAACUUAACUCAGAAUUUAAACAAAUUGACCAUUUUGGAUCUCAGCUCUUCCUCCUCUUUGUCAAAAACCCCAGAUUUUGGUAGGAUACCAAAUUUGAAGAGAUUAAACCUCAGUUACUGUGAAAAAUUAAAAGAGAUCUGCUCUUCUAUUGGAAAUCUUAAGAAGCUUAUUUUUUUGAAUUUAAGAGCAUGCAUAAACCUUAAGAAGCUUCCCAGCUUCAAUCAUGUUUCACCUCUGGAGUCUCUGGAUCUUGCCCUUUGCAGAAAAUUAAAUUUUUUUCCAGAAUUUAAGGCAAAAACGUCACGCCUAGUGGAAUUGGAUUUAAGAGGAGUUGGAAUCAUACAAGUGCCACCAUCGAUCCAACAACUGGAUGCCCUCACUAAGCUAAGUUUGGAUGAUUGUAAACAUCUUGAAAGCCUUCAUAACUACUUAUGUGAGUUGAAAAAGCUUAAAAUUCUUACAAUUAAAAACUGCAGAAAUCUAAAGUCAUUGCCAAAAAAUCUUGAAGGCUUGAUCUCGUUGGAAUACUUGAAUCUCCAAGGAAGUCAUUUUGAUUCUUUACCUGAAAGUUUCAGUCAACUCACUUCCCUUCAAUACCUUGACAUCACAGAUUGUCAAAAUCCUAACCAACUACCAAAACUUCCAGCAAAUAUAAGGGAACUAUAUGCAGAUUGUCAUUUCAAGAUAGCUCUAGCAAUCGAGUGCUCGGAAUUAUAUUCGGUCUCAUAUUCUGAUGAUGAUAAUCCUGAAGUUGGAACUUUUUUAUCUAAAGAGUUCAUUAUUAGAAAGACUCCUUUACUUGUCAGCUAUCUUAUCACGGCGGCGGAGGACAACAAAUUGAAGAUGAAUCAAAUGUUGAGAUCAUUUAAAUUCCGGCGCUAUCAGUCAAAUGGAAUCUCUAUUCAUCUCAAUUCUCCCUGGUAUAGUAAAAAGUUUGUGGGGUUUGUGGUAUGUUUUCUCAGUUUAGAAGGUGAUAUAUGGGGGCCACAUUCAUACCAAGACAUUGAUCAGAGUAUGAAGCACUGUACAAUCAUAGCCAAAUUUUCACACAAAGAUAGUGAAAAUGAAGUUCUCCAAAAAGAGUGUGUAAUUGCGGGCUUAGCUAGUGAAAAUGAUGAUGUCAAAGGACACGCAUGCUUUGCCUUCAUACCAGUUAGGAGUUUGUGGGGUGAAUCUAAAGCUAUAAAGGAUUAUUCAAGAUUUGAGGUGCAAUUUAUGAAUUUGAAAGCUUCAGCAGAUUGGGGUUGUAGCUUGUUAUAUGAAAGGGAAAUAGGAGCAAGCGAAAAAAGAUCUGGGCAUAAUGGAAAUGAUUCAGGACUCACAACGGAUGAUAUUGCAUGCUUGACCUUGAUGGAGUUGGGGGAGACGGAGUACUUGAAUCUCAAUAGAUUAAAGAAUUCUCCUCGUUUACUUGAAUACUGUAGCCAACUCCAUCGCCUAGGCCUUCGAUACUUUGACAUCAGUAGUUGUCAAAGACUUCAAAUGCCAUCGAUAAUUCUCCCCGCGACCAUAUGGGAAGUAUAUGCACAUUCUAAUUUGGCUUCUGAAAGCAUAAUAGCUAAGCUAGCAACUGAGUAUUCAGAAUUAUAUUCUGUCUCAUUCUCUCAUAAAAACAACAUAGCUGAGCCAAAACUUUCAGCUCAGAAGUUGGCAAGCCAGUUUGCUCAUUUGUCUUCUCAAAGUAGAAACUCUCCUUUCGUAGUUACCUAUCCUACUUUGACUGAUAUUGGUACCAAGAGAUGGUUCAGAUAUUCAUCUCCUCAUUCGAAUAAGAUAUCCAUUAAUCUUAAUCCCUCUUGGUAUACACAAACUUUUGUUGGAUUUGUUGUACACUUUCUCUUGAAAGGAAGAAGUCUACACACAUGGAAAUCACACCCACACAUUCAUCCUUUUAGGCAUUGUGAAGUCAUAGCCAAGUUGAUACACAAAGAUAAUGGAAAUCCAGUUGAAACAUACUGUAAGAUUGGCAGAUUAUAUGACGAAGAGUUUGACUUCAACAAGGAUGGAUUCAUGAUAUGCUUUGCUUACAUACCAUUUCGUAGUCUAUCAAUAAGUGCUAGCCCUAAUGAUUAUUCGGUAUUCGAGGUGGCAUUUCUGCAUUCGGAUUCCAAUAAUUUACCAUAUUGGAGUUGUGGUUUAUUAUAUAAAAAUGAUAAAUCAUUGAGGGAAGCACUAUGGAGCGAUGAUAGUUCCAGUUAUAAUGAUUUAGUUGCAGAUGAAGAGGCUUCCAUUGCUGAACAUAGUAUUGAAAAAGCUUCAAUGGCUUUCACUCAGGCUGGGGCAAUUAUUGGGGAAAUACCACGUCACAGCAACAUCAAGAAGGGGGAGGAGAAGAAGAUAAAGAUGAAGACGGGGAGGAAGAUGGAGGAUCAUAACAUAUAUAUAGAACAUAAUGGUGGAGUUGAUGCAACGACUAGUAAUCCAGGCACUGCAAUGGCAAAAACCAAAAAGAGAACUCAUGGGUCCUUAUGCCAAAAGCUAGCAAAGAUGUGUACAAGUAAUCCUGCUAGUGAUUCAGCAGGAUGCACAACUGAUGUUGGAUCCUUGAGCAUGUCGCCACCAUACUUGAAUCAGUACCUUGACAUCAGAGGUCGUGAAGGAAUUAUAAAGCUAUCAAAACUCCCGCAUACUAUAAGGGAACUAUAUGCAGAUUCUAAUUUGGCUUCUGAAAACAACAUAGCUGAGUUAGCAACCAAGUAUUCAGAAUUAUAUUCUGUCUCAUUCUCUAAUACUAAAGAGAACAGAGCUAAUUUAGUACCUAGGGAGUUGGCUAAGAAGUUUAUUUCUAUCACAAAGCCUUUACAAAAUAGAAACACUCCUUUUGCUAUCACCUAUCCUCUUGAACCGUUCACUGAUUAUAAAAUCAGUAGAUGCUUCAAAUAUCCUGACCAUGAUCCUCACCACAAUCCUCACAACAUCUCCAUUUCUCUUGAUUCCACCUGGUAUAGUCAUAAAUUUGUGGGGUUUGUUGUAUGUUUUGUGUUUCCAAGACAAGUGAAAUGGGAGUCACGCCCAGGCAUUCUCCAUUUUAGGCAUUGUGAGCUCAAAAUCAAACUUAUACACAAAAAUAAUGCUAGUCAUGAACAUUCUCUCGAAACACAAUGUGUGAUUAGCAGGCCAUAUGAUCAGGAAUUUGACGACAAUAAGGAUGGACAUGAACUUGUAUGCUUUGCCUACAUACCAUUUAGUAGUCUGUGGUCUAAAUCUAUCACGGAUAAUGAUACCCCCAAUUGGAGUUGCAGUUUGUUGUAUACAGAUGAUGAAUCAUCAACUAAAGCAAUACGGCGAAAAAGGGAUGUUCGUUCGUUUUACCAGGAGGCGGGUUCUAACGAGAGUGAUUUAGGCGCUGCAAUGGCAAAAACCAAAAAGAGAACUCAGGGGUCCUUAUGGCAAAAGCUAGCGAAGAUGUGUAUAAGUAAUCCUGCUAUUGAUUCAGCUCCAGAAGAAGAUGAAGAAGAAAGCCAUCACAUGAAGCAACGGAAGAAGGCUUAUUUAGACAAGGGCAAGGCUCCAGCAAAAGGAGGAGGAGAAGGCAAUCAAAUAGAGCAAGAAGAAGAAGAAGAAGAAGAAGAAGAAGAAGAAGAAGAAGAAGAAGAAGAAGAAGGCCAUCAAAUGGAGUGGAAGGUUUAUAUCGACAAGGGCAAGGCUCCAGCAGAAGGAGGAGAAGGCAAUCAAACAGAGCAAGAAGAAGAAGAAGAAGGCCAUCAAAUGGAGCGGAAGGCUUAUUUCGACAAGGGCAAAGCUCCAGCAGAAGAAAAAGAAAGCCAUUGGAUGGAGCAAAGAAUGAAGGCUUAUCUUGACAAGGGCAAGGCUCCAGCUAUUUCCCCUUCACCUUGAAAGAUUUUUCACGUUUCCUUUGUUUCAUUUGUGCUUGAAAAUUUGAGCUUCGCAUGUUUAUGAAUGUGUGAUGAUUGAUAUAUGUUCGAACAAAAUUGAUUUUUCUUGGUUUAA